AUGUCUCCGCGGCAUUCUACUGGAUCUCCUCUUCGGCGUCACAAUUCAGGCUCUCAAGGGUUUGGCCAGGACGAAAAUUCUCUCGGCUAUCCUGACAACCACACAGUACAUAGCUCUCAGAAUUCGCUCUCAAGCAUGCGAGGAAACGUGGUGACUUUGACCACGAACAAGCUUGCCAAUCAAAUGGGACCCAAGAAAACCCACGAGUCUUCGACUUCCCCCACCGUCUACCCCAUGGACACUCUUCUUGCUAAACUCUCAGAGCAGCAGGCCGCUAUCCGUGAGCAGAACGAUGGGUUGAAGCAGGCUGAGGAGGAUGCCUCUUUUGCCAGAGCCAUGGAACAGCAGCAAGGUUGCAGCUCACUGCCUAUCACUCCUGGCAUCAACGGCCUCCAAGGAUCAUCUGCUUUGAUGCUUCGCUCUUCCAGUGCCAACCAGCCGGAAAGUUCAGAUGAGGUACUCCGUCUCAAGCUUCAGCUCGCUCAUGCACAAAACAAGAUCAAUAUCCUUGACAACGAAUUGGCGAAUACCUGUUCUAUCAAGUCAGAUCCGUCUCAGGCUCUAUCACUGGCCAACACUGACCCUGAUUUUCCGUCGGUCCCUCUGCCGGACCAGAUUGGCCCUCCUGGGAUGAUUGGCUUUCGUGCCCCUAGUGCAGCCCGACCUCUGUUCAAUCGUGAAAACAUCUGGGCACAGGCAGAUGAGCCUCGUCUUGAAACUCUUGACAACCCCACAGGUUCUAUUGGCCGCGCUCGUAGUAUGUGGCGUGAUGAUAUCAAACAGGGUGGAUUUCAACAGUCUUUCCCUAAUGGACCCAGCUCGGUUCCUAUUGGGACAGGCCCUUACACCUCCCAGCCGGCUUCCAUCUGGCCUCCUAGCCGCCCUGGCCAUCAAGCAUUUUUUGAUGCUAACCUUCCAGGUUUCAGUAACACCCAAGGUGCUUUGGAUGACAGCCGUGGCCGGAUGACCCCGGAUACCGACCUGCUUCUCCGGCCCCAGCGGCCUGGGAAUAGAUCUGAUUCCCGCAAUCCCAAUACCCAAGCCUUCAAUGGCUACAGCAACUUCAACGCUGGGCAGGUGUUGUUCGAUACCAACCCCGGAUUUUUGACGGGGGGGAGUGGCCCGAACAUGAACAAUAACAGCCUCGGCAUGUUUCCCCAAUUCCAGCAGCCGCCUAUCGGGACUCCGUUGUCGCCUCAUGCUACGGAGUUUAACACCGACACUGCGUCGUCUUGGAAAGAGAAGUAUAUUGUUGACAAAAUCGUCAGUAGCAACGACCAGCAAGCUUCCAUCUUCCUUCAGCAGAAGCUCAAAGUCGGCACCUCGGAUCAAAAGUAUGACAUUGUUGAGGCAAUUGCCGCCCAGGCGUAUCCCUUAAUGAUCAAUCGCUUUGGAAAUUUCCUGGUCCAGCGCUGCUUCGAGCACGGAUCCCCCGAGCAGAUUGUCAAGAUUGCCGAAGCCAUUCGUGGCAAUACGCUCAGCCUCUCGAUGGAUCCCUUUGGUUGCCAUGUGGUCCAGAAGGCGUUCGAUUCGGUUCCUGAGGACUACAAGGCAAUCAUGGUCCACGAGUUGCUUCGCCGCAUCCCUGAGACGGUUAUUCACCGCUAUGCUUGCCAUGUCUGGCAAAAACUGUUUGAGCUUCGCUGGAAUGACUCUCCUCCUCAAAUCAUGAAAUACGUCAACGAGGCACUGUGCGGGAUGUGGCAUGAAGUUGCUCUUGGUGAGACAGGAAGUCUUGUUGUGCAGAACAUCUUUGAAAACUGCCUAGAGGAAGACAAACGUCCUUGCAUUGAAGAGGUUCUUGGAAACAUUGACAUCGUAGCCCACGGCCAAUUCGGAAACUGGUGUAUUCAACAUAUCUGCGAGCAUGGUGCCCCUGGUGAUCGUGGUCGCGCCAUUGACCAUGUCAUCCAGUUUGCCGCCGAAUACAGCAUGGAUCAAUUUGCAUCAAAGGUGGUCGAGAAGUGUCUGAAGAUUGGCGGAGCGGAUUUCUUAGGCCGCUACUUGGAUCGCGUUUGUGAGGGCAGAGUCGAUCGGCCUCGCAUCCCGUUGAUUGACAUCGCCAGUGAUCAGUACGGCAACUAUCUCAUCCAGUACAUCCUAACGCACGCCAGCACACAGCACAGAGAAGUUGUUGCGGCCCACAUUCGGAAGCACAUGGUAUCUCUCCGUGGCUCCAAGUUUGGAUCGCGUGUUGGUAUGCUUUGUACCAACCCGGCUGUUGCCACCCGUCCUGGCCCUGGUAUUGGACCUUCUGUGGGACGGCUGCCUCCUCGCUACGCAGGUGCUCCGCCGUCUCGCCACCGUGCUGCUGGUGCCCCUGGACUUUACAACGGCGAAUAG